GUCAAUGGUCGACAAAUCGAAAAAUAUCUUUGUCAUCGGCAGUUUUUUAGAAAAGUGUCAUAAUGAGUUCUGGAAUGCCUGAAUUAGGCUCCAAGAUAAGCCUAAUAUCGAAAGCCGAUAUUUGCUACGAAGGCCGGCUCUUCACAGUUGAUCCUCAAGAAUGUACCAUCGCUUUGGCUAGCGUGCGAUCGUUCGGAACUGAGGACAGAGAGACUCAAUUCCCUGUGGCUCCUCAGAGUCAGGUGUACGAUUACAUCUUGUUCCGUGGAUCUGAUAUUAAGGACAUCAGAGUCCUCAACAAUGUGCCCUCUCUGCCCAACGACCCGGCGAUCGUGCAGAUGUCCGUGCCCGCUGCGCUCGGGGGCAGCGGAGGUCAGAGCCAGUACUCUGGCCAAUUCAAUCAUCCAGUUGUCGGACAACCCCAAUACCCGCAGUACCAUCCAAUGACGGGUUUCGGGGGCAGUGUGCACCAACAGCUCAACAAGACCAGUGAGUUAUCUCCGCAGACGUCUGUGGAUCUCCCGCAACCUGUGACGGCUCCCAUCGGAUCAGGAGUAAUACACCACAACAACCAAGUUAAAGACCAAGGCUCGAUGCUGGACCUGAUUGGAGGUGGUGCUCAGAGUGGUUCGAGGUCUGCUACUCCUGCUGCUUCUCACAGCCCUACGUCUGAUCAGGGCACGCAGGCGGGCUCUACUGCGAGCGGUUCAGGGCAGCGCGAGAGCCGUCGGGGCAAAGCGCCCGGGCCGGCGGCGCCGCGCGGUCGGCCUACGUCGCGCACGCGUCAGCGACACCCCAGCGGUGGGCAGCCCCCGCAGCAACCACAGCAGCAGCACCAUCAGCAGCAGAACCUCAAUAACCACCAGCCCGGAGAGCAGAUGCAGAACAUUCUGUUCUCAGCGCAAUACAACCGCGGUGGCUGGAGAGGUAGGUCGCGCGGGCGCGGCCGCGGAUUCGUGCCCCGCAACAAGAAUACCCUCAAGUUUGAGAACGACUACGACUUUGAGCAGGCCAACACCGAGUUUGAGGAGCUUAGGAGCCAGCUGGCCAAGACCAAGAUUGUUGAUGAGGUUGUCAAGCCUGAGGCUGUAGCCGAGGGUGAAGUGGACAAGAAGGAUGAUUCUGGCAACGAGACCGGCGCCGGCGAGCCUGAGGUAGAAGAUGACUCCUACAGCGGAUACGAUAAGAAGAAGAGCUUCUUCGAUAACAUCUCGUGCGAGGCUGUUGAGAGGUCAAAGGGCCGCAGCCAGCGGACUGACUGGCGGACGGAGCGCAAGCUCAACUCGGAGACGUUUGGUGUGGCUUCCGCGCGUCGCGGGGCGUGGCGUCCGCACGCGGCGUGGCGGCAUAACCCCCACAACCCACACAACCCGCAUAACCAGCAUAACGGACCGCACCAUCCUUGGUGGAGGCCAAUGCGCGGCGGGCGCGGGCGGGGCGCGCACAACACGGGCCGGCCGCAGCGCCCGCAGAACGCGCCCGCACCCCCCGCCACCGCUGCCGCCGCCGCCGCUCAGUAGACCUCAUGUAUAUUAUGCCAGCCAAGUAGAUGUGUGAUGCUGAGUGUAUGAAGAAUCUUAAUUUAUUAUCGCGAGGACUAACAAAUGGAUAAGUAACGGAAAAGUGUAAGCUGGUAAUGAAGUGUUUCAUUAUGUAAUCAAUAGUGUGAAGAAGCUGAAGUAACGGGUUGUUGUUAUACGGUAUGGAUUCAAGACGAUGGACAUUGCUUUGGUGUGAUAGUGUUGUAUCCAAUAUAUGGAAGCAGACAAUGGACACUCCCGUCAGCUCGGAAGAAUCAAUCUUUGUCCGGCCACUCUCUUAUUGUUACACAUGAUUAGGCUAUGUGUUCAAACAUUGGGCUACGUUGACUACCUAUAA